GGAACUUCGUAGCAGUCAUCCUUUUUAGGAAAAAGAGGGGGGGCAAACCCUCCCCCACCACCUCUUCUCCCGCAGCGCACCACAAACAGCGCGCGCGGGCUGCUCACUCGGCAACGGCGGCCCGGCGCGUCCCUGCUUGUAUUUAUCAAGCUGCUCCCACCCCCCACCCCAUUUUUCGGAAAACGUAUUGGCCUUUCGGAGUUUAAUCAGAAGAGCAUUCUCGUCCCCGUUCCUCUCCGCUCUUCCAUCGUCCCCCUCGCGUGUCUCUGUCGUGAAGGGCUGAAGCAAUCCGGUGGCUACCGAUCCAUGUCUGCGCUCGAGCGUGUGUGUGCGAGUGUAAAUUGCCGAGAAGAGGGGGAAAUCACAGGACUUCUGCAAAUGCUGGACUGAAAAUUGUAAUUCAUCUGCUGCCGCUGCUGCUUUUUUGGCAACGCUGUCGUGCUCUUGAAAUCUCCGGUUGGAAUUCCUACGGGUUAACAUUUUCAGUGAAGCCGAAGUGUGGGGACGCAAUCUGGAAACCCUGUUGAUUUUUACUCCACCUAGCCCCCCACCUCCAACUACUGAUUCAUUGCAAGUUUCAAAGAAGCUUAUACAAGGAGACUUUUGAAGAUCAAUGGUGUCGUUGCCUUAUGUAUUUGUUUGGGUUUUACCAAAAAAAAAAGAAAGAAACUUGACAGAAGAUCAUGCCGUCCUUAAAAAAUACAGUAAGUUUUUUGCACAGGAAUUUGGUUUAAUGUAACUUUCAACGGACGCAUUUCAAUUUUUCUUUUCUUUCUUUUUCUUUUUUUACUUUAAAUGCAUUCGAACAAAUUCAGUUUCCAGACAGUUUAAUUCGUUCUCUUUAGCGUGUAACUUGUAGCGGAUAUGCCCUUCCUCCCCUGAGAAUAUAAAGGAGAACACACCUGAUUUUAACUUGCUAGGUCGUCCCGCCCCUCACCUUUCAGCAUUGCGGAGGAAGUAGAAGGAUAUUAACGCAGCUUAAUAAAUAAUGUGCCUCAUGAAAUAAAGAGCCAAAAGGAAUUUGAAUAAAAAUUUCCUGCAUCUCAUGCCAAGGGGGAAACACCAGAAUCAAGUGUUCCGCGUGACUGAAGACACCCCCUCAUCCAGGAAUGCAAAAGUACAUCCAAUAAAAGAACUGGAUUAUAACUAUCCUUUUUUUCUUUUCUUUUUUUCUUUUGGGGCCGUGGGGCGGGAGUCGGGACUAGAAGUUCUGUUGGUACCUGCAGCUUUUUUGGGGGAAGGAUGGCGCAAGCCGGGAGAACAGGGUAUGAUAACCGGGAGAUCGUGAUGAAGUAUAUCCAUUAUAAACUGUCACAGAGGGGCUACGAGUGGGAUGCGGGAGAUGCGGACGCCGUGCCCCCGGGGACCGCCCCCACCGCUGGCAUCUUCUCCUUUCAGCCUGAGAGCAACCCCACGCCCGCUGUGCACCGGGACAUGGCUGCCAGGACGUCGCCACUAAGGCCCAUAGUCGCCACCGCUGGGCCUGCGCUCAGCCCGGUGCCACCUGUGGUCCACCUGACUCUCCGCCGGGCUGGGGAUGACUUCUCCCGUCGCUACCGUCGCGACUUCGCGGAGAUGUCCAGUCAGCUGCACCUGACGCCCUUCACCGCGAGGGGACGCUUUGCUACGGUGGUGGAGGAACUCUUCAGGGAUGGGGUGAACUGGGGGAGGAUUGUGGCCUUCUUUGAGUUCGGUGGGGUCAUGUGUGUGGAGAGCGUCAACAGGGAGAUGUCACCCCUGGUGGACAACAUCGCCCUGUGGAUGACUGAGUACCUGAACCGGCAUCUGCACAACUGGAUCCAGGAUAACGGAGGCUGGGAUGCCUUUGUGGAACUGUACGGUCCCAGCGUGCGGCCCCUGUUUGAUUUCUCCUGGCUGUCUCUGAAGACCCUGCUCAGCCUGGCCCUGGUGGGGGCCUGUAUCACUCUGGGUGCCUACCUGGGCCAUAAGUGAGGUCCACACACCUGCCCCAAACAAAUAUGCAAAAGGUUCACAAAAGCAGUAGAAACAAUAUGCAUUAUCAACGAUGUACCAUGAGUCAAAGUUGGGAUCUUUUUUUUUUCUUAAACACACACACACACACACACACACACACACACACACACAUUCAGGCAAAUGGUCGAAUCAGCUAUUUACUGCCAAAGGGAAAUAUCAUUUAUUUUUUACAUUAUUUAGAAAAAAAGAUUUAUUUAUUUAAGACAGUUUCAUUGAAACUUCAAGCUUUGGAAACCCUGCCAGGAAUUGCCAAGCACCACUUUGUGGCUCCACCUGCUGGCCUGUGCCUAUGGACACCAAUCUGUUUUCCAUAUUGGCCAGACUGGUCAUCUAAAAAACAAAUGUCCCAGGACCCUGACUGCUGGGGAAACCUGUAGUGUGACUGCUGGAAGCUGGAGAUAAAGUCUCCAUGUGAUCUGUAUAAACUGGCCCUGGGGGCUAGGAUACCGUAGGGGUAGUUGCCUCCAAGGAAGUCUGAUCUUCCUUGGACUGUGUAUAUGAUUCACAUGGUACAUACCCAGUCAGAGGACAAAGACUGGAGACUUCAGAUGGACUUGGUACCUACUGAGACGUCCCCACUGAAAGACAGAGAUGGGAGAAUUCCCUCAAACCAUAGGAAAUUAUUUUUUUAGCUACCAAUUGUGCCGAGAAGCAUUUUAGCAGUUUAUACAAUAUCAUCCAGUACCUUAAGCCCUGAUUGUAGAUAUUCAUAUAUUUUGGAUACACCCACCCAUCCUCCUAUACUCACUCUGAGUAGGAAACAGAAGCUUCUAGAUUCGAGGAAGUGGACAUGUGGUGACUUCUUCAGCAUCAGGAAGAAUGGGGUCACCCAGAACAUCAGGCGGCCACAAGUGCCUGCUUUUAGGAGACCGGCACCUGCAGAACCUACUCUCUGGCCCAGUGAGGCCUUGACCUGACUGAUCCUUGGCCCUCCUCAGCCUCCGCUUGGGUGCUGGAACAGAGCAGUUUGGCUGUGAAUGUCUGGAAGCCGGAAGAGCUCAGAAUUGCACAGUAAGAAAGAGCAAUAGUGAGACUCACUGUGGGCCCUGCCUCAUCUGGAGCGUGAGAUCCACAACUCUUCCUAGGACAUUUGCCAAGGUAGAGAGAGGGCAGGCUCCAUGCCUCUCCUGCCAGAGGGUGUAGUGAGGCAGGGACACCACCACAGCAGAAAAAAAGCCUGUGGCCCUCCAGGCAGCUGCGGGUACCUGCUAGCCUGGUCUGUCCUGUCUAAGGAAAGGGUCUGAAAUACUGUGGGGAGGCCAUAGAUCCUAAAGGAAGCCCUGCAGCAAGGCCUAAGGAUUCAAUGGCCUAUGUCUAUGUAGUUACAUGUAAAACAUUUAUCUGUCUUUAUAGUUUGGUUUUAUUUGAAAACCUGACAGAGGGAGGGGGGGAAAAGGUUUCAGGUAUGUAUGGAAUGUGAAGAUUAUCUGUACAUCCUGGGGCAAAAAAAAAAAAAGUUGGGAAGUUAUAGAGAAAGAAGAAGUAAAAUCUCCAGCUAAUGAAAGGGGAAACAUCUUUUCUCCCGAGUUUAGGAUUAGCGUGGAGACCUUUGUGGAGGGACUGUGUCACUCCCGCUCUCUGUAUCAUUCAUCUGGAUUAACUUUAGAAUGUGUUCAUACAGUGUUUAUUGCUGUGGUUGAUAUUUCAGAAGCUGCUUUCAGAAGAAUAGGUGCAUCUCAGCAUUGUUUAAAUUGUGUUUAGUCGUGACCUCUAGAAUUUUUGUUAGCAAGACAAACAAGAAAGAUAAUUUUUCCAUUUGAGAUAUUUGUCUCUUGAUUCUUCAAAAGCAUUUCUGAGAAUGUAGGCUAAGCCUGAGAGACCCGAGGGGCCUGAGAGAGCCUGGGUUUCACUGUCCCCUCAGCUGCUCCCCCCAUACUUACUCUGAUGGAUACAACUCAUUCAUUUGACCUUGUUUCUUCAAGGUUUACUCACUCAAGUUACCUAGGAUUACAUGCGUGUUUGGUUAAACCCACGAGGUUCAUUCAGUUGGAAAGCCAGGUGGGAAAGAGAGCAAAGAGCUAGAACCUGGCUAUGGCAGUUGGCCCUUCAGAGAGGUGCUUUGUGUGGCCUGCUCCAACACAGAUGCACCAGGAAUCCUCCCACCCCUUGCCCUGGGCCUGUCUCCCUGAAAUGCAGAGGCGGAUAGCAUCACUCUGAGGCAGGAAAGCAAAGCUCCCCAGGAGGUCUGGGAGAACAGGAUGGUCAGAACUUUUCAAGUUAUUUUCAUUUUUAAGCAAAAUCUUAUCCUCUGAAAGGUUUACAUUCUCCACGUGAUGACUAUGGAAUGAGAAACCUGUGCUGCUAUCCUGCCAAGAGCUUCGUCAUGGAGUCAGCUUACAGUACACGCCAAGUGGCGGGCUCCUUCAAGCUGCUUUAGAAGUAGUGAUGAAGAACACAGACAUUUUAAUAUAAAACUGUUUCUCUUUUGGUUUUGUUGUUAUUCUUCAGACUGAGAUUUGCAGAGCAUUUGGGAAAAAUGUAUAUGUAUAUACACACACACACAUAUUGAAAGAAAGAAAAAGGUCAUUGGAUUCCUUCAGGUGUGGGAUUUUGUUUUCUGAUUUGAAUGGCAAAUUCACCCAGUCACUGGACCCUAGUGUUUUAACCCCAGCCACAGUAUUGUGGUUGCUCUCGCUCUAAGAGUAGCUGAUGGUGCAUUUUUCUUGUUAAAAACGUGUUACUUAGAACAUACAAGUGUACAUAGAACCCUUGACUGGCCUUUUUCUCCCUCCUUUUAAAAAAUAGUAUCAAUUAUUUUGCAAUAAGGCAACAGAGAGUCAUCCCCAUUCAUUUCAUAUUAAGAAGGGUUUCACACCCCAAUUUCAACUUCUCUGUAAGAUUUGGAAUCUCCUCUACAUCAGAGCCAAGAAGACAUAGAACAUACACACUCCCCAACCUGGGCUGAGAGGUUCAUAGAAGGCUCCUGGGAAGAGCAUCCUGACACCUUCCACUGCUCCAGGAGCCUCACCCAGGCACUCUGAAAGAGAGAUGGGAAAUGCAGACACUCAUCACCGAAGAAUUUUCAGGGCCUGAGCAUGUGUGCAGGCUUGAGAUUUCCAUGACAACCACAGUUGAGGAAGCAUUUUCAUGUAGUUCAACUAAAACCCUCCAUCCUGCCCAUCUUGCUUGUCUCUGCAUGUUUGGGUGUGGCCUUCACUCAUACAUACUUUCUUCUCCUCUGGCGAAUACUUAUUUAUUACAUCUAAGAGCCUUGCUGUGUCUUUGGGAGGGGAUAUCUGGGUUUGGAAAAUACUAAUAAACCCAGAAGGAUUAAAAUAAUCAGAAGUGAAUGUAGAUAAUGGGGACAAUGCCACACAUGCAGCCUCCACACUGAAUAGAAUGGGUGGGAUUGUGAGUAGACUAACACAACUCCUAAAUGGGAGUUCCAGCUCUAGCUGUGCUCUGAAGGUAGUGGGUUCUUUAGACUUCUUGUCACUUAUGCUCAGAAAUGCAUGCCUGCUCUAUCAGGAGAAACAACAGGGAAGGCUGAAAUAGAAGCCAGUCAAAGGAGAUUAGGGAGCCGCUGAGGUGCUCGUCUGAUCGUACUCUAUGGUGUCUAUUGCAGCCCAGACAAAUAUGGUUACACACUUCUUAAGAAAUACAAUUCUACAUUGUCAGACUCAUGACGGCUCUAAUCAGAUCUGUAUUUUGCCCAAUUUGAAUCUUUCAGGGAUUUUCCUAUGUCAUUAUUAUUAAAGGGACAAAGGACAUUUGUUAUGAGGUAGGAGGGAGGGAAAAUUCUUAUAUGAGUAGAACAUUUUCCUGCUUGGACCAGGGUGUGAUCGUCUUCUGCGAAACCAGAACUAUGGGGAAUGAGGGACUUUUACAGGGGCCAAUGUUAUGUUCCUCUAAAGACCUUUUGCAAGAAGUGGGGAUCAUUUUAAAGCUGUGUGGUACAUUUAGAUUCCAGAGACACUGACAUAGUUCAAAGUCUGACUUAAUAUGGCCAUGCAAUAACAUGUGGUUCAAGUUGGAUAUGGCUAAUGAAUGUUUAAACAGUAAGUUUGAUAUUUUAACCAAUGGGAUAUUUAAACAACAGCUUUCCAGUUGGUAGGGACAUCUGUUUCUCAAUGUUUAUUAUAUACAAUAAGGAAAAAAUUAGGUAAGAUUGAAUCAAGUAAAAUAUUAUGAGACUGAACUAGGUAAAUGAUUGUACCUGUCUGUCCCUUAGCCUCACCAGGGACUCACUCAAUCCUCCAUCUAUAGACACUUGUGCAGUGCGCAUCUCACCAGGCACAAAAAAAGAACACCAAAAAACCAAAACAGUUGGAGGGUGAAUGGUAUGUUAGCACUUCAUCAUGGAUAGCCAAGAAAAAUAACCUGAAAGCAGUGUUUCAUCCUCCGAGUUCAGUACAAGAGACAAAAAAAAAUCAGUCAUGGAAGAUGGAAAAGCCAGCUUACCAGAAAUCCUGGGUAUGUUAAUGUGUGGUCCAUGUGGCUAUGCAGCAAUGCCUGCACCUACCCACUUGGGAAGCCUGCAGUGGGCCCUCCAGCUGGCUCAGUUCAUUAAAUUCUUCCCUCCAAGAUAACAUCUGAAGGAUUGAUGGGAGAUUCGGUUUCUUUUAGGAGACACUUUCCUUUGGAGAGAGAGGUUGUUUAUUAUAAUAUCUUCUUAAGUUUUCAACCAAGCUUUGCUUUAGCUUCAGUUAUAUUGGGGUUAUUUUAAGUAAAGUAAAUGUACAAAUAAGUGUUUUUGUAUUGAAAGCUUUGUUACCAAGAUUUUCUUACUUUUAUCCACGGGCUGCUUUUAAGGUUGAUACUUUUAACCUGUACUGUACAUACAAGAAAUUAUAAAAGUGUACUUUGCAUAGUUAAGGUAAAGUAAGUCUCCAGUUGGCUCCCAUUAAAUAUAAUGGCACUUUGUGUUAUUGGAAAAUGUUACAUUGCCAUUAACUCCCCUUAUCUGUCUGAAGAAAAAUAAAGAACAGCGUGCA